AUGCUGAACGGCAAUCGGGUGGUGCCUGACUCUGCUACUGAUGGUGAUAUCGACCUGCCUGGUCCUGGUACAGCCAGUGAAGGCGUUCAGAACAUGUCAAGUGAACAGACAGCUCCUACAAUCACUAACCCUGCCAAUGGGUCCAGCAUGCGAUCGUUUCCAUCGGGAAUCCUGGGUUCGGGUAACGGUCCAUUUGGGCUUCUCGACGGAAAUUCCUUAAGCCGUGGCCUAGACGAUUUUGCGAGGCGGGUUAACAGAGAAACGCAGAUGAACGAAUCACCUUUCCAAUAUCUCAAUCCCUUCCAGCAAAUCCUUGGAGGAAAUUCUUCCCAGCCCCCCAGCAUGCGGUCGUUUCCAGCGGGAAACCUGGGUUCGGGUGACGAUCUACUUGGACUUCUGGACGGAAAUUCCUUAAGCCGUGGCCUAGACGAUUUUACAAGGCGGGUUAACAGAGGAACGCAGAUGAACGAAUCACCUUUCCAAUAUCUCAAUCCCUUCCAGUAA